CCAACAUUUUCUCUGCGCUGAGUUCAUUGAGUUUCUUCGUGGUUUUGUGAAUUUGUUGGAAAGUUUUUAUUUAUUCAAUUUAUUAAUUAUCGGAUUACAGUAAGUGCGUUAAAUUUUUUAUUUGCUUUGCGAAAAAACUUAGCAAAAUGACCAGCGAUGAAAAUGGCAGCUAUGAUUCUACCAACGACGAUGGUCCGGAGGAGAAGCGUUCUAAACAUUCGUCUGGGAGCCAUCACAAAAAGUCUAAGAAACACAAAAAACAUAAAAAGUCUAAUAAAAGUGAAAAAACUCACAAAAAGCAUAAGAAAUCGUCAAAGAAAAGAUCGCGUCGGCAUUCGGGAUCGUCGACGGAUUCCGAAUCGGAAAGGGAAGCUAUUGUGGAGAAGAAAAAAACCGGAGCAUUAAAUGAAAAGUUCACGGAGAUAAUGGAGAAAGUGAAGAAGGAUACAAAUAGUGCAUUACGCGUGGAACACGAUGCAAAAACUAAUAAAAUUCUCAUUACAAAGCCUAACUUACCAACAGAUCCGUGCAGUCUGGUCGAAGAAAUAACCAAGACGAUUCAAAAUAAAGUUUUACCCACAAUGGAAGUAGCAUCAUCUGGAUCAGAAAGCGAAGUGCCCGUUGAAGACGCCAGCCCCGUUGUAACAAUUAUAGAAGAUGACCUAAACUUGGAGGAACUCAUGAAGCAAAAGGCACUUUUGCAAGCCCGGCUGGGCGCUUAUAUGUCAGACACAGAGGGUGAUGACAGCCGUCCAAAUUCUGUACCCAAAAAAGCAGUCGUACCCAGUGAGGGCCAGAAAAAUGAUAGUUUUCAUGUAGUUCCUGCACAUCUUCCUGAUACUAGUAAAAACAAUGACAAAAUUUCUAAUAAUAACAAAAAGAAUGAUGAUACCGAUAUUAUAUUAUUGGAUGAUUCUAGUGAAAGUCCAGAUGGCAGAAGUGUGGAUCGUCGUGCCAACAAGAAAAGUCACUCAAAAGAGCGCGAUCGGAGUGGUAAAGUAAAACGUGAUGUUGUAGGAUCUUCUUCCUCACAGACAAGAGAACAAAAAAGUUCCCGAGAACGAAGGGAUUCUAGAAGCAAGCAGCCACAACAGUCCCAUAGCCAUAGUAGAGUUAGAAGCCGCAGUCGUUCAUCAGGUCGAAGGGAUAAAAAUGAUAGAUAUUCAAGGGAGGAGAGACGCCGGCCUGUCGAUGUUGAAGAAGAUCGCGGCAGAUUAAGGCAUCGCGAACAUUACGACCAAAAUCGUCAGAUGGAAGAUCUAAGACAGGAGAUCAAUCGCGACAAACAACGUGAAAAUGAUGCUGGUCGUGAUAGAGAUAAUAGAGGUCGUGAAGAUCGAAUGCGGCAACAUGAUCGUGGCAUUCAUCGUGGACGUGAACGAGAACGUGAUAGAGAUCGUGACAGAUGGAUGCGUGAGCGAUCACACAGUCGUAGCAAAGCUGAAUCAGACCGGAAACGUGAACGGGAUCGUCAUCGUUCCACCAGAGAUCGUAGUGAACGCACUGAUAAAGAUCGGUAUAGGGGUUCAUUGAGCGAAGGACAAAAAACACAACAAAUCGAUUCAAGCAGUGAUGAAGAUGUUAAUUUGGACAUUGAUAUCGACGAAGAUGAUGACGAAGAGAAAAUUAUUGAAAUGAGGCGUAAACAAAGGGAAGAAUUGCUGAAGAAAUUGGGUGGCAAAGAAGAGCCGCCACAACAAGACACUAAGACGGGCAGUAAUCAUAAUCUAAAUGAACAUAAUCUGCCUGUAAAUACGGAAAAACGAAAUAAAUCUCCGCAAUCGCCUUUCGAACGUAAACGUUAUCGUUCGCGAUCUCGUUCACCCGUUACCUCAGAAUCAUCGCGUCAACCUAUUGAAAAGGCAGAAACCACUCCUGAUGUUGGAAAUAUUCAACAGGAUAAUAUUAAAAAUCCUAACAGCGCAACGACAAAGGAAAAACGACCAGAAUGGGAUAUGUUUGCUGAUCAAGAUGUAGAUUCAAAUUUCGAUUCCCCAAACACAAUUGUUCAAAAUAAAAACAUGGUGGAAAAUCCGGCUUUGACGGACAAUUGGGAUGAUGCUGAGGGUUACUAUCGCGUACGUAUUGGUGAAGUUUUGGAUAAUCGCUAUGUGGUCAGUGGUUAUACUGGGCAAGGUGUUUUCAGUAAUGUCAUAAGAGCCAGAGAUCAAGCCAGAGGAAAUGCCAAUGUUGCUGUCAAAAUUAUAAGGAACAAUGAAAUUAUGCACAAGACUGGUUUGCGCGAAUUAGAAAUUCUGAAGAAAUUAAAUGAUGCCGAUCCUGAUGAUAGAUUCCAUUGUCUACGAUUGUUUCGCCAUUUCUUCCAUAAACAGCAUCUUUGCAUGGUGUUUGAACCUUUGGCUAUGAACUUACGCGAAGUCUUAAAAAAGUAUGGCAAAAAUGUUGGCCUGCACAUUAAGGCCGUACGAAGUUAUACACAACAAUUGUUUUUGGCUUUGAAAUUGCUAAAGAAAACUGGUAUUUUACAUGCCGACAUAAAACCCGACAAUAUUCUGGUAAAUGAAAAUAAUUUAAUUUUGAAAUUGUGUGAUUUUGGUUCGGCCUCCACAAUAAACGACAAUGAAAUUACUCCCUAUUUAAUUUCACGAUUCUAUCGUGCCCCAGAAAUUAUACUAGGCAUACCAUAUGACUAUGGUAUUGAUAUGUGGUCAGCUGGUUGUACCAUAUAUGAAUUGUAUACAGGAAAGAUAUUGUUCAGUGGCAAGAGUAAUAAUCAAAUGUUGAAAUUCUUUAUGGACUUGAAAGGCAAAAUACCUAAUCGUAUUAUACGUAAAGGUCAAUUUAAAGAUCAACAUUUUGAUCAGAGCUGCAAUUUCCUAUACCAUGAAAUCGAUAAAGUUACGGAGAGGGAAAAAAUUGUUGUGAUGCCUGUUAUCAAGCCGACACGAAAUCUGCAACAAGAAUUAAUUGCCGAUCAAAAUUUGCCCGACGAUCAACAUCGUAAGGUUACUCAACUAAGGGAUUUAUUGGAUAAUAUAUUUGCUUUGGAUCCCUCAAAACGCAUUUCGUUGAAUCAGGCUCUUGUACAUCCAUUCAUACAAGAAAAGAUGUAAAUUUUGCUUGGCAUCCUGGCAUCAGAGCAGACAAACGAGCUGGUAAAUGCUGAUAAAUGGAUGAAGAACUCGACUAUUAUUUUGCUGCUAAAUGUCCUAGCAAUGCUAAAUGUAAAUUUUUAUAUUACACUUUAAUUUCACAAAAAAGAACAGGCAAAAAAAAAUAUUUUAACAACAAAUUAUUUUACAAGAUUUAUUUACAAAAUAAGUGGUAGCCAAGUAAAUUUAAAAUUCGUUUUGAUACGUGUAUAAAAAUGAAUUAAAUUCCCCCCAAAGAAAAAAGAUAAAACAAAUGGGAGAGCAGUCAUUUUUAUACAGAAUUAAAACAAAUAUACAUAUUUGUAAUAAUUUUAGAAUUUGUUUGUAAAAAUGCAAAAUUCACAAAAUACUAAUGUUUCGAUUUUGAAAUGUUUUAAACAAAACGUAUUAUAACAAAACACCUACACAUAGGCAUGUCCGUUUUUAAGCUAUUUUUAGUGUAAAAGAAUUUCAAACACACAUACAUACAAUUGUAUCGUGUUUUAUAAUAAGCAAUGUUUAAAUUUAGUAAAGAUAUAAUAGCAAUUGUCUGUGACCAAAACCCAAAACAAA